GCCAUCGCCAUUUACCAACUUGGUGUGCUUUGUGUUUCUGAUUUUCUCGUCACCACCAAAACCCCCUGCUGUCGCCACGACACCAUCGCCCGUCUGCCAUCGGCCUUGGAGACGCGUGUACGUGCGGAUUCGCCUAUUUUCGGAGCAACCUUAAAUCAGAGGCUCUCGCCAGCGCCCCGUCAUUUACUGUUAUACGGCACCCAUGCACGCAACAAGGCAUCACCGCUGCCUCCAUACCAAUCAUCCUCACGCCCGGCUGCCCGCCCUCGGCGCGUAAGCAACAAACCUAACCGCCUUGCCACCUGAAAUCAGAUCCUCUCCACGCCAGCCUCUUGCAGCCUAUUAUUCACAGCCUAAUUCGCCUGGCCCGAUAUAAAACCUUCCGGCACCCGUUGCCCUUUGCAUACAACCACAUCCGUCAUCCUCCCCGCUGCAGGGCUGGCCUAAUCAAUCGCUCUUUGCUUCCUGCAAUACCGCUACAUAAUGGCCCAGGCCGGGGAUGUUGGCCGCGACGUGCUCAGCGAUGACGAUCUUAUCGAAAUCCACGUCGGCAGAGUCGGCAGACCCGAUCCCGAAGUCUAUAUCCUCAACGGCCCUCUACCACCAUCCUUCAGCCGCCCUUCACGACAACGCCACAGAGAUGCCGAGCAGCAGGCGCCACCGGCAGCAGAAACGACAGUCAUUGAUUUGACAGAGGAGCCUGACUCGCCAGUGCAUUCGAGACUACCACAAGUUGCUCUGCCGGGCAUGAAUAACCAUCCGCACCAGCAGCAUGUUCAUGUAUAUCCCAGACCGCCGGGUCGUAACCCGCGACGGACAAACUCCGUGAGGAUCACGCCGCCGCGGCUGGCUCGCAGCGAAAGUAUAGUCCUUGCAUCCGAGUCCCAGUUUAUCGACUUGACCGGCGACGACGACAUCAACCCGUCCAAUCCGCCUCCGCCUGCAUACGAAGAAGGCCGCCGAAGCCGCCGUAACAACCGGCUACCACGCCUGCGUCCAGACGCUCCGUACUCAUGGGAGUCCUUGGAAACGAGACCGAGAGACUUACAGUCGAUUGCUAGAGCCUUUGGCGAGUCUCUGGCCGGCAUUCUUAACGCAAGCUCUAAUAUGACUAGCACUUUGCACGGUCUUCACUUCCAUCACUUCACGACUCGCGCACAUCCAUCUCCAUAUCCUAUUCCGCCUAGAGAGCCGAGUAAGCCGCCACUGGAAGAAUACCCCCCAGCAAGAGAAGGUUUCACGAGAAACACAUGUGCAAACCCAGAGGAGGAGGACGAAACUAUAGUUGUGUGCCCCUCAUGUAACGAUGAGAUGGCGUACGAUCCAGCAGAUGUGGCGGGAUCCUCAGCACCCGCUACCACUGCUACUGGAAAGAAGCGUAAGAGAGCACACGGCGAGCACCAUUUUUGGGCUCUAAAGAAGUGCGGGCAUGUCUACUGCGCAGAAUGCUUUGAGAACAGGAGGCCAACCAAGUCAUCAACUGUAACAACUGGGUUCCGCCAACCGCUUGGCAAGCCCGUCACGGAGCUGCGGUGUGCCGUAGCCGACUGUGAGACCAAGGUCACCAAUAAGGGCGAGUGGAUUGGGAUAUAUCUCUAGUCUUGGGAGCUACGUGUUCGGUAUACUGAAACUUGGCUUCUCUCGACACUUUGUACUAUUUUUCUCUUUUUUUGAACAUACAAUGUGCGGUCCAUUACGGCUUCUCUUGCUUCAAGAGGAAAGCCUAUGUAAGGCGUUGGUUAGGAAUGGGGGAUACGAGCUGGACAUGUUGCCAAGAGCAACAUCGGCAUUGCAUACUAGAAAGCAUUGAAAGCGGCGGAGUAGAUACAUAUAGGGUUCGCUUAAUGACGUCUACGAGAUACCAUUAACC